AUGGGAAAGAUCAUCUUCUACGAGGACAGGAACUUCCAGGGUCGCUCUUAUGAGUGCAGCUCUGACUGUUCCGAACUGAACUCCUUCUUCAACCGCUGCAACUCCAUCCGGGUGGAGAAUGGAAACUGGAUGCUAUAUGAGCACCCUAACUACAGAGGGAACCAGUACUUUUUGAAGAGGGGAGAGUAUCCCGACUUCUCUCACUGGACAAGUCACAAUGACUCCAUAAGAUCUUGUCGCAUAAUUCCACAGCAUCGUGGAACAUUCAGAAUCAGAGUCUACGAAAAGGAGGAAUUCAAUGGCGCAAUGUUGGAGUUUACUGAAGAUUGUCCCCAUGUACAUGAAGAGUUCAGACAUCCAGACAUACACUCCUGCAAUGUUCUGGAAGGUCACUGGAUCUUCUAUGAAGAGCCCAGCUACAGGGGGCGCCAGUACUACCUAAAACCUGGGGAGUACAGGAGAUACCACGACUGGGGAGCCUCCCACUCCAGGGUCGGCUCAUUUAGACGUGUCCAGGAAUUCUAUUAA